UGGAGUCUUUGAGACGGGCAGGCUGAGCUCUGCCCUCUGAUUGGCUGAACGUCGGGCGGGGCGGGUGCAGACCGCCGUGGGCCAAUGGUCGUGGGAUACGCGCGCUCUGGUGAGGACAUGGCGGCCGUGGCCCCACAGAAACGGAGCCGCAGUUCCACGGAUACUGAAGGUUCAUCCUCAGCCUUUGAGACGCCUGUGAAAAAAAGGGUGACAGGCUUCACUGAGGGUCUGACCCCAUGCAAGAAGUCAAGAAAUAACUGGUUUGCUUCUCAAAUCAAAUGGGCAUCGAGCUCCAGCGAUGAGAUAAAGGAAAAUGAGGCCAUCCUGGUGAAGCCAGCACCGUGGAGGAGGCUGGAUAUUUCACCUCUUCAGGCAGCCAGCAUUCCCGCAGCCACGCAGAGCGAAUCCUCAAGGAAGUUAUCCCCAACUCCUGCUUCCUCUUACAAGCCCCUUGUGCCUGUGUUGUCUUUUUAUAGCAAGGAAAAGAGAUACCUAACGCCUCUGGAGAGGAAACGGCUGAAUGAGAACCUGUCUUUGAGGGAGAGGAACACGGAUGAGAAUUUCCCAGCUGCCAGCAGGACUGAGAAGAUGAUCUUCAGCUCCAGCAGGAGUACAAGCUCAAAGCCAACCAAGCACGGAACCAGCUCCAAGCAAGGCAAAGUUGUUCCCAAAACACUUAAGAAGGCAAAGGGAGAGAUCCCAGUGGGAAAACCCAGUGUGGAGAAAGAAAAUGUGAAUUGCCUAAUUAAAAAGAAGAUGGAUUCUCCCUUCAGAGUCCUCAGCAUGACGGUUAAACCUGCCCUGAAACUCCAGCUGGGAGCAGCGUUCUUUUCUGCCAGGAAGAAAUCACACUCUAAAAAACCAAUUGUAGACACGAAAUCUGUCCAGGAUCUUCCCAAAUCUCAGCAGGAAAACAAUCAGCCCGGACCACCAACAACCACAAAGCCAAGUUCAGCUGAUGGAAACAAAAUCCUGGAGGCAGGCGGUGUGUUGAGAAGUAUUUCUGUGCCUCAGAGGAAGGAAAAUGAAAACAAGGAGGACUUCACAAGCUGUGCAAAUCAAGAGAGAGAUUCAGCAUAUGAAGGAAAAACAUCUCCGUUAGAUGCUUCCCAGUCCUCAGGAGACAGCAACACAGCAAAUAUGGAUGUUGAUGAAAUUGGUUCUCCAACCAACCAGUCGGAUGAUUGCAUUAUUAUUUCAAGCCAGUCUCCACCUAAGGUGAAUAAGCAAGCAUCUCAUCCAAAUGCUGUUGUCUACCCCAUAUUCACUGCACCCCCCACCAGCAAGAAAAGGACACAGUCUGCGCUGGAUGAACUGACUUCUCCAUUUGGGUCAAGCCCACCUGCAAAACCAUCUCACACCUCACAGAAAAGCAAGAAGGGGAAGGAGCUCUGCAAGCGCUCAGGAGAUCAGAUGAUCAUUGAUGCUGGUCAGAAGCAUUUUGGUGCCAUAGUUUGCAAGUCAUGUGGCAUGAUCUACACAGCUGCUAGCCCGGAGGAUGAAGCCCAACACAUCCAGCACCAUGAGAGGUUCCUCGAGGGGCUCCGAUACGUGGGUUGGAAGAAAGAACGGGUUGUGGCAGAGUUCUGGGAUGGGAAGAUUGUAUUGAUUCUUCCAGAUGACCCAAAAUAUGCCGUCAAGAAGGCAGAAGAUGUGCGAGAAAUUGUAGAUAAUGAACUGGGAUUUAAGCAAGUUUCUUUGAGCUGCCCAGCCAAGACCAAAAUAUACUUGUUUGUGUCCAACGAGAAGAUGAUUGUUGGAUGCUUGGUGGCUGAAUCAAUCAAGCAGGCUUUCCGGGUGCUGUCUGAGCCAGGAGCUACAGCAUCCCCUGGUCAGGACAUCCUGCAGCACCACCGGGCUUGGCGCUGCUCCACAGAGCCAGAACUGGCCGUUUGUGGCAUCAGCAGGAUCUGGGUGUUCGGCCUGUCCCGCAGGAAGGGAAUCGCCCGGCGCCUGGUGGAUGUGGUCAGGAGCACCUUCAUGUAUGGCUCCUACCUGAGCACCCAGGAAAUCGCCUUCUCCGACCCGACGCCAGACGGCAAGUUGUUUGCCACAAAAUACUGCCAAACCCCAAACUUCCUCGUUUACAAUUUUAUUUCUAACAACUGAUUUGACUUGAUUGAUUACAAGUUGAGGUUAGUCUUAAGUCCUAAGAUAAGGUAAUUUGUGUGUUUAAAUGAACAGGUAAGCGUAGUUACCUGGUUUCCUGCUGAGCGCUAGUUCUUCCCUUGCCAGCGAGCUGAGGGAGAACGUGUCACUUUGUGUACAGAGUUGUUUGUUUUAGUGUGUGCUGUGGAACCUUGCUUGGCUUUCAGGUAGGUUUGUUUCUUCUGAAAGUAAAUUUUAUUGCAAGUAACUUAAUUUCUUUAAAAAGGUUUAAUUAAUAUAAAGAUGGUCGUUCUCUCCCUGGUGCCUGGGGAUGUAAUUCUGAGCUGUCUGCAGUUUAUGUGCUAUAAGAGGCCGGGUAGAAGCCUUAGUACAAAGACUUGCUAAAUUUAUGCACAGAGUAUGAGAUGUCUUAAAACACCUGCUGUGUGGCAGGAUUCCCCAUUGUGUGGGAGACCUCCAAGUGUCAUGGCGGGGUUGCCUGCUCAAUAAAAUGUGUGAAAUUCUG